AAGUUGGGAAUAUGUUUUGAGUUUUGCGGAACAGCAUAUAUUUUGUCCAGGAAAGGUAAAAAAAGUAUGGGAACUAUGGAAAGUGUUGUUCAUUCAAUAAAUAGUGGAAUAAAUUUCACCGACUCAUCAUCAUCAUCACCUAAUGUAUAUAAAUUUGUCACUGAAUGUCCAGAAGACUUAUCAAACAGUGGAGAUAACAGUAAUCAUUUUAAUAGUGACAAUGAAUUAGAUUCACAAUUAGGCAAUAAUAAUCACAUUCAAAUGAUUAAUAUUGCUGAGAUUAAUAACAAUACAUCAUUUACUGAUAUUAUUCAUCCACCUGGUAGUAAACGCCGGCUAUACACCGAUAAUGUUAAUGUUACCACCACCACUACCACUAAUGAUCAACAAUCUUUUACCGAUGAACGUUAUUCUUCUGAAAAACUAACUAAAGGUAAACAAAAAAUACCAAUUGAAUUUAUUGUUGAUCGUACUAAAAGAUAUUCAACUUUUUCAAAACGUAAAACUGGCCUAAUGAAAAAAGCUGUAGAAUUAGCUGAAUUAACCGGUGCAGAAGUAUUAUUACUUGUCGCUUCAGAAACAAAUCAUGUUUAUACAUUUGCAACACAACGAUUAAAAGGUAUUAUUGAAUUAGAAUGUGGUAAAAGAUUAAUACAAACUUGUUUAAGUUCAAGUUCAUCUAUCAAUUCAAAUAAUAAUGUAUCAAUGAAAAUUGAUCAAUCAGAAGUGAACAACAACAAUGUGAAAACAAAUCAUCAAAAUGUCAAUCAUAGUCGAAAAAGUUGUAAGAAAGAAGAUAGUACAGUUGCUGUGAACACUGAUACAUUCAAUAAUCAAAACUCCAUAAAUGAUUUAAAAAAUAUAUCCGAUGAUGAGAGUAAAGUAGACACAACGUUGUUACACAAUGACUCAGUGCCUAAAUCAUUGUUCAAUUCAAAUCAUAUUGAUGAAUUAAAGCAGUGUUUUAAUACUGUACCAAGUACAAUCAUUGAUUCUAGUCACAAUGUUCAUUCUGUAGCAUCGUUAAGUAAUGAAACAUUUUGUAAUAAUAUAUCUCAAACAACUAAUGUUUCCAAUUCAACUGAGUAUAAAAAUAUGGUUUAUGUUCCAGUGAGUGUAUUUCCUUCUCCAUCACAAAAUGUCCUCACGUUAACUCCAUUAUCUUCAAAUCUUUUGUUAACUGCACAAAUGACUGCAAAUCAAUUACUUCUAGUUCCACAGUUAAAUUCAGUUCCUUAUGUUACAACAACUUCAGCUAAUGUAUUGAAUAGCUGCUCAUUAAGUACACCAACUUCAAAUUCAUAUAGUCCUUAUUCAAUGGGAUUUUUAAAUGUCAACACAGGUAAAAAUGAAUCGUCAGAAAUAUCUGCAAAUUAUGUGACAAAAGAAUCAAAUCAUUUCACACCUCAAAAUUGUAUUAAUGAAAGGAUAACUAAUGGUUUUAUAAAUAAUUCAUGUAAAUAUUAUUUCAAGCCUCCUGAUUAAAUCAAUAAUAGUCCUAUUGACCUAUCCCUUUUGUUGCUUUUUUGUGAAAAACAAAACAAAAAAAUAAAAGCUUUUCUCUAGUUCAUAAUUUAUUUCAAUCCUUCGAAUUUGUUUAUCUUUGUUUUUGUUUU